UUUCCAAUUUUUUUUCCUUGUAUAUGUUGCUGUUGACUUGCAACUACUUGAGAUAUUCGGAUUCGGCUCCUCUCAGUUAAAAGCUCUCUCUGGGCAUCUACGAGUACAGCAUCUACGGUUCUGAGAUCCGCCACAUCAUCAUCUUAAAAUAAGGCCCAAGCACUGUCAUUGUUCUACCCACUUGACGUUACCGUCAUCUUCAAACGGUGACUUCAAAACUUCUCUUCUAACUGUUCUAAAAAGCUAAACCUAAAUCAAUACCAAACACAAAUCUGUUUUGGGUCCUAGCGAAAGAGCAACAUCAAUGAUGACUCGAUAAUGGAGAUUGCACGGUGGUGAUAGCCUUUGCAUCAGACGUACGUACAAUCUCCAUUAAUUCUAGAACCCUGAUUACCGCUGCACAAUAUCCAUUAUCGAGUUUGGUUGAGCGAUGAUGCAGUGCAGGGAGGGAGAGAAAAGCUCUCAAAUUUCAAUUCUAGAACCCUGAUUAUAUCCAACCAAUCACAUGUUAUUGUCAGUAAUCCAAUUCUUGUUUGAUUGCCAACUAUUACCUUUUUUCAACCAAAAGAUUUGGAAUUUGCUUCUACUAUUUUUCAUGAAACUUGCUUUUUACUAGUUGGCAAAGACUUGUGAGGAACUUGUUUUCGCUGCGUAGGCAAAAGAUUUAGAACUUAAUUUACUCUAUUAAAAGAAUUGAAGCGGCCAACUUGCUAAGAGAAUAGAGAAUGGAAUAUGGGAGGUGGAACCUACUUGCAACCGAGUACCAGGAUUCGUUUUUUUUUUUCUUACUGUUUGUGCCCAUGUGUAGUUGGAGGAAGAUUUGUGCUAAAUUACAAUGUAUUUUGGCAUGUAAUUCAUAAUUUUUGAAUGCUUUCUUUAUCUUAUUUAGUACUUACCAAAAAAAAAAAAAAAAAAAAUUUAUAAUUUUUGAAUGUUAAUGAUGCUUUUAAAAGCUUUUUGUUCAUAUUUUUGGUAUGAGAUUCGUGUAAUAUUUGAAUGAAAAUGGUUGAGUGUUCUGAUUGCUACAGAGCCUACAAAACCACACUUCAUAAUAUGUAAUACACAUUUAGAAGUUGUCAAAUUCAUAAACAAUGAAACAAAGUGAUUCAGAAAAUUUUAAGUAACUCGAUUCAACAUGGUUGUCACUAGUACAUUGAAAACAUUAAAUCUUCUACAACAUUGCAAAAUUUCAAUUCAAACAAUGGAAAAAAAUUGUCCAGUAAAUAGGAGAAGACCAACAGCCAAAAACUAAGAGCAGCAACUUUAAAGACUAGUGCUGUUAUUUUAACCAAAAUCUGGAGUAAAUAGGAGAAGAGCAGAAGCCAAAAAUAUAUAUAUAUAUAUAUAUAUAUUUCAAGAAUGCCGUAGACGCCUCUAGACCCUCUACUCCCUCAAAACAUCUGUUAUUCCUCUUUCCAUAUGCACCACCAUACGCAAUGUGGAACGGUCCGCCAACACUCAUGAGCCUGACCCCCCACGUGACAUCCCCUCCACGCAUCAAUCAUACCCCUUGUGGAUCGGGGCAUCACCCAAGAAAUGCCGAACAAUCCGAAAAUAAGAUUCCAACAAUCGUACGCCACAGGGCAAUGUAAGAGUAGAUGAUCCGUAGACUCACCACCCAUUUUGCGUAGGCAGCACCAGUUAACAAUAAUAAUGCUUCUCUUCCUCAGGUUAUCCAAUAUCAAGAUCUUAACGCCAAACGGCAGUCCACACAAAGAAUGCCACCCUAAGAGGAGCUUGGAAAGUUGGAUAACCAGGAAGGAAAAUAAUGGAGACAAUAGCCAUUCAUUACGAGAGAAAAGAAAGGAAAUGAGAUGGUGUUAAUCUUUCCUUGUGUUUAGAGAAGUACAAAAGGGAGAGAAAGGUAAGGAAAGGAAAAGGUUGUUUUAUUUUGUGAGUAAUAAGGGCAAAGAUUGGAAUUCCCUUGUUUAGAAAUGUAGGUGGUAAUCACUCUCUCUUUUACCCUUCCAAAAUUUUCUACCUUAGGAAGGAUAGCGAUAAACUAUUCAAAGUGUUUGGCUCUCCCCUCCUCUCUCUGAAUCUGUUACUUCCCCUCCUCAUUUUUAAAACAAAUACGUAAUUUCUAUAUACCUUCAAGUAAUGGAAGGAUUAAUUUAUCAAUGUCCUUUCCACUUUUAAGUGUUAUCCAGUGGUUAUCUUUUUUCUAGAGCAUGUGUCUGCCUAUUAUGCAAAUGCUAAAAUGGCACCUCCCUCACUACAAACUCUCGCUACAAGGGCAUCCAGUCUCCUUUGAAUUUUGGUAUCUUGAUGCCAUUGCACCAAGCUCCUUCGAAAAUUGUCAUUUGGUAGAUCAUCUAAUCCAAUUUGGAGUGUAUAUGCACUAAUUAUAUUGAUCUUGUCCUCACCCACCCAAAAAAAAAAAAAAAAAAAUCCAAUUCCUUAUGUUUUGUCUUUACUUGCAUGCCAAUGUUUAUACCUUUCAAUUUCCCUUGAUAUAUUACCUACCCUUAGUUUCAUGUAAACGUGCCAACGAAAUCACUCGAGUUCUUUUGAGAAGCUUUCUUUUGUUCUUUUUUCCUACCUUGGUAGAUCUUACAUUUGUGUGGUACUUUGAUCAUGGCUUGAUUGGCCUGUAGCUCUCUUGCUGCAUCGAUUGAUUGACUUGUUGAAAAUUGUUUUAUCUAAAUGUAUGCAGUCUGUCCUUUUAGUUCUUCCAUUCUAUCUUCAAAGUUUCAUUCGUCACAUUGAUUUGUUUCAUGAAUAUUUUCCUGAAACUCUUGGCUUGAUUAAAUCUGUCUGCAAGCCUGUCAUUAUUAUUUUUUUUUAUAACUCAUCCAUGUCAAGACAGAGCUGUUUGAGAAAUGCCCUUUCCGAUACCAAGUUGGUGUAACUAAUUGUUUUUACUAGCUAAAAUGCUGUAGUAGUUGCUUUGUUGCCGUUGAGCAGGGCAGCUCACUAGUACUUGCCACAAAAAUCAAUCCCAUGUCUGUAUAAAUGGGGACGACAAUUAGUGGAGAUCAUGUAGCAGUGCAACUGGAUAACUAUCUAAGACCUUAGGGUAGGUGGAGGCAUCACCUCUGUUUAUACGAACAUAAUGAUAUUGGGUGGAUAAAAUUGUAAGAUCUUUCCGAUAGAUCACUAUAAAUUCCAUGGAUAUUAAGUAGCUUUUAGUUGAAUGCAAGACAAAAUCAUCACUACAAAUAGUUACAUUACAGAUUGACUCAAACAAGUCAAAGAACAUGACGUUUGUAUGAUUUACAAUGCGGUGGUAUAGCCAGUUAAAGAAUGUGUAAUGUUUUGUCUGAAGUAUGCUUUGAUUUAAGUGACUGACAUUGUGUGAAUGAUUAACAAUGAUAUUUUGUAAUGAUGCAUGUACACAAGUGCGUUGUGUUAGUGGAUUCCAAUUUUAUUUGAGCAACUUCCAUGAAUGUUCUGAUCUUAAAUUGAGAAUCAAUCUUCAAUAAAGUUCUGCUCUCGUAUACUCCUGGUGGAGAAAGAGCGUAUAAAGUUUUUGAGUAAGAUGAGAAAUACCAAAAUUGACGCUCUAAAGAAGAGUGAGAUCAUGAAAAUGAUAGUAAAAAGGUGUACCGCCAUGGCAAGUAGUAAGAAGUUUGUGAAGUGUUCCAGAUGUGGAUAUAUAAACGGUAUGGUGAAAAAAAAUAUAGGCACGUUGGGAGUCAUUCAUGAUCGUGCUAAAAUUAUUGACGAUACUUUGGAAGAAUGCAGGUCUGCUAUUUCUCACACAAAGGAGUCCAAGUCAUCCGUUAAUGUGACUCCUAUAUUAAACCCAGACACAGUUCUUUCCCUUUUUAAGAAGAUGCUGGAUAUGGACUGUGAAUUGCUAUAUAUCAGUGAUAGACCGGAGAAACUAAUUGUAACAAAUAUUGCAGUGCCGCCAAUAGCUAUCCGUCCUUCUGUCUUUGUGGAUGGUGGAACUCAGAGUAAUGAGAAUGACAUUACGGAGAGGUUAAAACGAAUUAUCCAAGCAAAUGCUAUUCUUCACAUGCAAUUAUCGGAAUCAAGCUCCACUGCCAAAAGUCUGCUUGGUUGGGCUGAUCUGCAAAUGGAGGUUGCACAGUAUAUAAACAGUGAUGUACGUGGUGUACCACAAUAUAUGCAAAUAGCCAAGCCAUUGAGUGGUUUUGUUCAGCGACUCAAAGGGAAGCAGGGACGUUUCCGUGGAAACUUGUCUGGGAAGCGUGUUGAAUAUACUGGCAGGACUGUUAUAUCCCCUGAUCCUAAUCUGAAAAUUACCGAGGUUGCAAUACCUAUCUUAAUGGCUAAGAUCUUAACUUAUCCUGAGCGUGUUUCACAUCAUAAUAUUGAGAAGUUGAGGCAGUGUGUUCGCAGUGGGCCUAAUAAAUAUCCUGGUGCGAGGUUUAUCAGAAAAUGUGAUGGUACCUUGAUCUCUUUGAUGUUCUGUCCCCUGAAACGCGUUGCUGAUGAAUUAAAAUUUGGUGAUAUAGUGGAGCGUCAUUUGGAAGAUGGGGACAUUGUUCUUUUUAACAGGCAACCAAGCUUGCAUCGGAUGUCAAUCAUGUGCCAUAGGGCAAGAAUAAUGCCUUGGCGUACGUUGAGAUUCAAUGAAUCAGUGUGCAACCCGUACAACGCUGAUUUUGAUGGUGAUGAGAUGAAUAUGCAUGUCCCGCAAACGGAAGAGGCUCGCACUGAGGCUCUUAUGUUGAUGGGGGUUCAAAACAACUUGUGCACACCAAAAAAUGGAGAAAUUUUGGUUGCUUCCACACAAGAUUUUCUGACGUCUUCCUUUCUCAUAACAAGGAAGGAUACAUUCUAUGAUCGUGCUGCUUUUUCACUAAUGUGUUCUUAUAUGGGGGAUGCAAUGGAUCCUAUCAAUUUACCAACACCAACACUAAUUAAGCCAAUAGAGCUUUGGACUGGUAAACAAUUGUUUAGUGUUCUAUUGCGCCCACAUGCGGAUAUGAGAGUCUAUCUGAAUCUCACUGUUACAGAAAAGACUUACAGUAAGUCUGGAGAUCCAGAGACGAUGUGUCCUAAUGAUGGUUUUGUUUAUUUCCGUAACAGUGAGCUAGUAUCUGGCCAACUUGGGAAGGCUACUUUAGGAAAUGGCAACAAGGAUGGUCUUUACUCCAUUCUUCUUAGAGACUACAAUGCACAUGCUGCUGCUACUUGUAUGAAUCGUUUAGCAAAAUUGAGUGCUCGAUGGAUUGGGAAUCAUGGAUUCUCAAUCGGAAUUGAUGAUGUCCAACCCGGAGAAAGUUUGAAUGACAGUAAAAGUGCUCGAAUUUUAGAAGGUUAUGGUAAGUGUGAUGAACUAAUAAGAAACUACAACGAAGGAAGGCUUACACUUCAACCUGGCUGUGAUGCUGCUCAGACACUAGAAGCUGAGAUAACUGGUGUCUUAAAUACUAUUCGAGAAACAACUGCAAAUGUUUGUAUGAAAGAAUUACAUUGGAGAAAUAGUCCCCUAAUUAUGUCACAGUGUGGUUCCAAAGGAUCUCCUAUAAAUAUUAGCCAAAUGAUUGCAUGUGUGGGACAGCAGUCAGUUGGAGGUCGUCGUGCUCCAAAUGGAUUUAUAGAUCGAAGCCUUCCGCAUUUUCAUAGAAAGUCAAAGACCCCUGCUGCUAAAGGAUUUGUUGCAAAUUCAUUUUAUAGUGGUUUAACGGCUACAGAGUUUUUCUUCCAUACGAUGGGGGGACGGGAAGGGCUCGUGGAUACAGCGGUUAAAACAGCUGACACAGGAUACAUGUCUCGGAGACUAAUCAAAGCUUUAGAGGACCUAUCCGUUCAUUAUGAUAACACAGUACGAAAUGCUAGUGGAUGCAUAGUGCAGUUUAUAUAUGGUGAUGAUGGCAUGGAUCCAUCUCAAAUGGAAGGGAAAGAUGGAGUUCCUCUGAAUUUUAACAGAUUAUUUUCAAAAGUCAAGGCUACAUGCCCUUCUGGACAACAUGCAAGCAUGUUUCCUUCUGAAAUUCUCGAUGCGGUUCGUGAAAGGCUCUCAGAACACGACAUGACUUCUGAUGGGGGUUGUUCAAUGGCCUUCAAAGAUUCACUUAAAAAUUUCUUUGAAAAAUGUGUUGAAAGGUUUGAAAACACGAGGAGAGCACUGAAAAUGGAUGAAGACCAAUCUAUGAAUGGAAAAGCCAAAUUUCUUGAAAAUAUUGCUGAAGCUAUAUCUGGUGUUACUUCCCAACAGCUAAAGGUAUUUCUGGAAACCUGCAUCUCUCGUUAUCAUUUGAAGAGAAUUGAAGCUGGAACUGCAAUAGGUGCAAUUGGAGCUCAGAGUAUUGGAGAGCCAGGGACACAGAUGACUCUAAAAACUUUCCACUUUGCUGGAGUUGCUAGCAUGAAUGUUACACUUGGAGUUCCUCGUAUCAAAGAAAUUAUAAAUGGAGCCAAAAAAAUCAGCACUCCCAUCAUUACUGCAACACUUGAAUGUGAUGAUAAACCGAAAACUGCAACAAUGGUGAAAGGUCGUAUAGAAAAAACAAUCUUAGGCCAGGUUGCGAAGAGUAUAAAAAUUGUACUGACAGCGAGGUUAGCAUCUAUAGUUGUCACACUUGACCUGGAAGGAAUUCAAUCUUCACAACUCUGUAUAGAUGCACAUACUGUAAAAGAAUCAAUUUUGCGAACCCCAAAAAUCAAACUGAAGGAACAGCAUGUUAAAGUUUUGGAUGUGAGAAAGCUGGAAGUUAUUCCUCAGACUGAUAAACAUAGGCUUCAUUUUGAACUCCACUCGCUCAAAAAUAAGCUUCCAACAGUAGUUGUGAAGGGCAUAAAUACAGUUGAACGUGCAGUAAUUAACAAAUAUAAAGAUAAGAAAGACAAGGAAAAGGAAAAGUACAACUUGCUUGUAGAAGGAACGGGUCUUCGAGCAGUCAUGGGCACUGAAGGAGUUGAUGGACGUAAAACAUCCAGUAAUCAUAUUAUGGAAGUACAGCAGACACUUGGAAUUGAAGCUGCAAGGAGGUGUAUAAUUGACGAAAUACAGUACACCAUGAAAAGUCAUGGAAUGACCAUAGACUUGCGACAUAUGAUGCUUUUAGCAGAUCUGAUGACGUUUAAGGGUGAAGUUCUAGGAAUCACAAGAUUCGGCAUUCAGAAAAUGAAAGAUAGUGUACUUAUGCUGGCUUCAUUUGAGAAGACAGCAGAUCACCUUUUUAAUGCUUCUGUAAAUGGGAGGGAUGACAAGAUUGAAGGAGUAAGUGAAUGCAUCAUUAUGGGCAUACCAAUGCAAAUAGGGACAGGAAUACUUAAAGUCAGACAAAGAGUUCAGCAGGUUCAACUGUGCAAGGGAUCGGAACCAAUCAUAGAAGAAUUAUCAGAUUCAAAAGCUGAGUAAAGGAUUAGCUCCAAAUAUAAAAGAAGAUAUCUGAUUCAUCCCAGCGAAGACGAUAUUUGUUGGUGUGAAUAUAUCGGAUUAGGUCAAAUUCUGGAUGAGAGAUGCGCCUUUGUCCUCCAACCUUUGUCCUAUGUGUGGUCGGGAAUGCACAAUCUUCUGGCCACCCAAAUGCACUGGUCUGCAAGUUUCUUAGCAGCCGGUGUUUGUACAGUUGAGUCGAAUUAUAGGCCGCCUCUCUACCUUGAUAUGAUAUGCAGCAAGUCAUGUGAUCAGAAUUAUCUCAUCAAAUGAUGUAAUGAAGCUCAAUUUGUUUGAUGUAGCAGGCAAGUUACUUGGAAGGCGGCAAUUGACACUAAUAGCUGGCAGUAUCUGUUUACUCAAGUUUUGAAAUUAUUAUAAUGGGAUCAAAUAUUCAAUUUUUUUGGUUUA